AUGCAACUUGAAUAUAGUGACCUGGCCAAGAAGGAGACAAAGAGUUAUGCUAGUUUUGGUGGUGAUGAAAGUAAGGUUAAUGAUGCUGAUUGUGCUGGUGCUGAAAGUGAGGAUGAUGUUGCUACCAUUAAAGACCUAGUAGAGGAUGGUGGUAACUACAUGUGUGAGGUAGUAAAGUAUGAAUAUAUUGACAAAGUCGCUACUGCAGUAGAGGUGUAUAGUGAUAACAAGGUCAUAAGUCAUGAUGAUUCUGUAAUUCAGGAUGAAGGCAAGGACCAACAAGAGAAGGCUAUAAUCAACAUUGCUCUAGUACAGACUUGGUUGUGGGAUCUAGGAGAAUUUGUUGCUCGAGAUGAAGGAAAGAUUGAGUUUGAUGCUGGCCCACAAGUUCAGAUUUGUGGAAGCAAGAGCCAAGGAGUGUCCUAUAUUUACUACAACAUAGAAGUUUCAGCCACUGUUUUACAGUUGUCCAAUUUGGUCACCAUGAGACCAUCAAACACUAGUUUUCUAUCUGAAGCACAGAGACAGAUUUAUACUUUGAUUACAGAAGAUGUUACUACUACAUUGGAGAUUGAAAGGGACUCUACUAUGUACAUAGAUGUAGACCUAGGUGAACAGGAUGGGGUUUGUUUUAUGGUGAGAGACGAUGGGUUCAAUAAUACAGCUUCGGAUCACAGAGGGCACCUUGUCCAGCGUCGGUCCGGGUUCCAAGCUUACGAAUAA